GAUGGAAGGGGAUGUCAUGUAUGCUGAGCUGCGCCUGCCCCCUGCACCAGCCCCUGUGCAGACGGCGCGGAUGUCCUGGCACUGGACAGCCGUCGGCCUUGGAGCCCUGUCCCUGCUGCUCCUACUGGCACAGAUCAUCCUCGUUGGAUUGAGCUUCCACUAUUUAGCCCGACAGGCGAGCUGCUGCCAUGGUCCCCAGUGCAUGGAGAACCUCAACUCUGGGCUGCAGGCUUUGCAAGGGAGCUGCCAAUUCUGCCCAGUUGGCUGGCUGUGGCAUGCAGGGCACUGCUAUUACUUUUCCUCAGCCAAAAGGAGCUGGGAGCAGAGCAAGGAGGACUGCUGCUCUAGGGGAGCACAGCUGGCCAUCAUCCAGGCCAACAGCACACUGGCUUUCCUGACACACGUGUCCCAUAUGGAUGUCUUCCAUGUGGGCCUGAAGCGGAGCCUUUCUGGGUUUGAAUGGAAAUGGCUGGAUGGCACUGUGCUAAAGAGCCUCUUCCGAAUCCAACGCUCCACCAGCUCCUUCCUGGCCUGUGGCAGAGUGUCGGGAUCAGGGCUGUCUGGUGGUGACUGUAGGGAAGCCCAUGGCUGGGUAUGCGAGAAAAGUGCAGUCAACCUGCAGUGGCUGCAGUCCUCACCACCUGCUUUCCUCUGGGGAAAUACCACCUAUACUUGUGCAGGGCCCUGAUGACCAUGAGGACAGCCAGUGCCCAGCACCCACCCCUGCCUGCCAUGUAGCCAGGGCACUGACUCUGUA